CCGGCCCGGGAGGAGCAGGACGCGCCCGGGCCGCCUCCUCCCGCACGGACCGAUGAGCCAGCCGGGCGGCGCGGCGGCUCCGCAGGCUGACGGAGCCAGUGCAGCCGGAAGGAAAGGCACGGUUAGCAGGGAGCGCUUAAAGCGCAGUCAAAAGAGCACCAAGGUGGAGGGCCCAGAGCCAGUGCCCACUGAGGCCUCGCUGAGUGCUGAGCAGGGGACGAUGACGGAGGUGAAGGUGAAAACAGAACUCCCGGAUGACUACAUACAGGAAGUCAUCUGGCAGGGUGAGGCCAAGGAGGAGAAGAAGGAAGUCAGCAAGGAUGGGACUGGCGAUGUGCCUGCUGAGAUCUGCGUGGUGAUCGGUGGCGUCCGCAACCAGCAGACCCUGGAUGGAAAAGCUCCGGAAGGCAGCCCCCACGGCGGAUCUGCUCCUCGCAGUCGGUAUUCAGGGACCUGGAUUUUUGACCAAGCUUUGAGAUAUACAUCUGGGUCCUAUGAAUGCGGAAUCUGCGGCAAGAAGUACAAGUACUACAACUGCUUCCAGACCCACGUGCGUGCGCACCGAGAUACUGAAGCCACCUCAGGAGAGGGAGCCUCCCAGAGCAACAAUUUCAGGUACACGUGUGACAUCUGUGGGAAGAAAUACAAGUACUACAGCUGCUUCCAGGAGCACCGAGAUCUGCACGCUGUGGAUGUGUUCAGUGUGGAAGGGGCUCCCGAGAAUCGGGCAGACCCCUUUGACCAAGGUGUCGUGGCCACUGAUGAGGUGAAGGAGGAGCCUCCAGAGCCUUUCCAGAAAAUCGGACCAAAAACCGGCAAUUAUACCUGUGAAUUCUGUGGGAAGCAGUACAAAUACUAUACGCCCUACCAGGAGCAUGUGGCCUUACACGCCCCCAUCAGUACCGCCCCCGGGUGGGAGCCACCGGAAGAUCCAGACACGGGCUCUGAGUGUUCCCAUCCAGAGGUCACCCCAUCUCCACGCUUCGUGGCAGCGAAGACCCAGUCGAACCAGUCGGGGAAAAAAGCUCCUGCCUCCGUGGUCCGAUGUGCCACCCUCUUACACCGCACCCCUCCAGCUACCCAAACUCAGACGUUCCGAACUCCGAACUCGGGAUCUCCAGCAAGCAAGGCAACUGCAGCAGAAAGCACCUUCAGUCGGCGAGUAGAAAGCAAAGCACAGAACCACUUUGAAGAGACCAAUAGCAGCUCGCAAAAUUCCAACGAAACUGCAAGUCCCCUGAUUUCCAAUCCUUUCCCUCUCCUGCAGAAACCCUACACGUGUGGUGCCUGUGGGAUCCAGUUUCAGUUCUACAGCAACCUGCUGGAGCACAUGCAGUCCCAUGCAGCUGACAAUGAAAACAACAUCACCUCCAACCAGUCCCGAUCUCCCCCUGCUGCAGUGGAAGAAAAGUGGAAACCUCAGGCCCAGAGGAACAGCGCCAACAACACUACAACCAGUGGUUUGACACCCAACAGUAUAAUUCCCGAGAAGGAGCGGCAAAACAUCGCAGAGCGGCUCCUGCGGGUCAUGUGCGCCGACCUGGGUGCACUGAGUGUGAUCAGUGGGAAGGAGUUCCUCAAGUUGGCCCAAACCUUGGUAGAUAGUGGUGCCCGCUAUGGGGCCUUCUCAGUCACCGAGAUCCUGGGCAACUUUAACACGCUGGCACUGAAGCACCUGCCACGCAUGUACAACCAGGUGAAGGUGAAGGUGACAUGUGCCCUGGGUAGCAAUGCUUGCCUGGGCAUCGGUGUCACAUGCCACUCCCAGAGUGUGGGCCCUGACUCCUGCUACAUCCUCACAGCCUACCAGGCUGAGGGCAACCACAUCAAGAGCUAUGUGCUGGGAGUGAAGGGAGCAGACAUUCGUGACAGUGGCGACUUGGUGCAUCACUGGGUGCAGAACGUGCUGUCAGAGUUUGUGAUGUCCGAGAUCCGGACCGUGUACGUGACGGACUGCCGGGUGAGCACAUCUGCCUUCUCCAAGGCGGGCAUGUGCCUUCGCUGCUCAGCCUGUGCCUUGAACUCAGUGGUGCAGAGCGUGCUGAGCAAGCGGACGCUGCAGGCCCGCAGCAUGCAUGAGGUCAUUGAGCUGCUCAAUGUGUGUGAGGACCUAGCGGGGUCUACGGGCCUGGCCAAGGAGACCUUCGGCUCUUUGGAGGAGACAUCACCACCACCCUGCUGGAACUCAGUGACAGACUCGCUGCUGCUGGUGCACGAGCGCUACGAGCAGAUCUGUGAGUUCUACAGCCGUGCCAAGAAAAUGAACCUCAUCCAGAGCCUCAACAAACACCUGCUCAGCAACCUGGCUGCCAUCUUGACACCCGUGAAGCAGGCCGUCAUCGAGCUGAGCAACGAGAGCCAGCCCACCCUGCAGCUGGUGCUGCCCACCUACGUCAGGCUAGAGAAGCUUUUCACAGCCAAGGCCAAUGACGCAGGCACCGUCAGCAAGCUGUGCCAUCUCUUUCUAGAAGCACUCAAGGAGAACUUCAAGGUGCAUCCAGCCCACAAGGUGGCCAUGAUACUGGAUCCUCAGCAAAAACUUCGGCCAGUGCCACCCUACCAGCACGAGGAGAUCAUCAGCAAGGUGUGUGAACUCAUCAAUGAGGUAAAGGAGUCCUGGGCUGAGGAGGCCGACUUCGAGCCUGCUGCCAAGAAGUCCCGCUCAGCCACAGGUGAGCACCCCACGGCUCAGGAGGAUGACCGGCUGGGCAAGAGCGAAGUAUAUGAUUACCUUCAGGAACCCCUCUUUCAGGCCACUCCCGAUCUCUUUCAGUACUGGUCCUGCGUGACCCAAAAGCACACGAAACUUGCCAAGCUCGCCUUCUGGCUCCUGGCGGUUCCUGCUGUGGGGGCUCGAAGCGGGUGUGUAAAUAUGUGUGAACAAGCACUUCUGAUCAAAAGGAGGCGACUGCUUAGUCCAGAAGACAUGAACAAGCUCAUGUUUCUGAAAUCAAACAUGCUUUAAGACUCAACUUUGGGGAAAAACAAACAAACAAAAACAAGACAAAAGAAGAGAAACUUAGGAAAACAUACACACAACACUGUCACAAACAAAGAAAUUUAAGUUCUAAACACUGUGGAACCUCAUUGUAAAUGCCCCUUGGAAACUUAAGUGCUUUUUUUUUUCCAGUGGUGUUUGUGUGUGUGUGUG